GUAGAAUGAUCUAUGUGAAUUCAUCGUAAUAUGAUGAAUAUGAUAUAUAUGAUAAAUAUUCAUUUAUAGGAAAAGGAUUAGUGUUGACUAUGUUUCUGCCCGUAGUAGAAUGGGCGGUUCCUGCUGAGCUAGACUGAAGUCACGUGACUAAGUCAAUUCACAAGGCGGGCGGAGGCCAAGUAGGCUCGCAUUCUGAUAAACUGACUGAUCACUGCAACGUCCGGAACUCGCCUUGACAGCGGCGGAUUGUCCUUAUUUCAGCACAAAGACUUGAUAUUACCAAAAACUACCGACGGAACACGAGACCGGUGUGUUUCAUUUCGUAUUAAAGAAGCAAAUCCUGAUCGAAGUGCUGGGGACAGUUACAUUCAUCGGGAGCACUUGCUUGAUUCAAAAUGGCGGACGAUUAUUAUGGCAGCUUGUCUGCUCAAGAAUUGAAGUAUUUGCAGGUAGAUAGGAACGUUAUAAACGAUCCUACUGCACAGGCAGAAUGGGCAAGCAAGAAGUUAGUCUGGGUUCCCCACGAACAACAUGGAUUUGUGGCAGCGUCGAUCAAGGAGGACCGCGGCGAAGAGGUGGUCGUCGAACUCGACUCUGGAAAACAAGUCCGUGUCGCCAAAGACGAUAUCCAAAAGAUGAACCCACCGAAAUUCAGCAAAGUCGAAGACAUGGCCGAGUUGACAUGUCUCAAUGAAGCGUCUGUAUUACAUAAUUUGAAAGACAGAUAUUACUCUGGUCUUAUAUAUACAUAUUCUGGAUUGUUUUGUGUUGUUGUGAACCCCUACAAAAAGCUCCCAAUCUACUCUGAGAAAGUAAUUGAGCUGUACAAAGGCAAAAAGAGGCAUGAAGUUCCACCACACGUGUAUGCUAUUGCUGACACAGCAUAUCGCAGCAUGCUCCAAGAUCGAGAGGACCAAUCUAUUCUAUGCACAGGUGAAUCUGGUGCAGGUAAGACAGAGAAUACCAAGAAGGUGAUCCAGUACCUGGCAUAUGUAGCCGCAUCUCUCAAGUCAUCAAGGCAGUCCACCUCAACUAUACACAGUAUCCAGCCAGGACACACGACAGAGCAUUGGACUGUUCUUCAAGGCGAGUUAGAGCAGCAGCUUCUUCAAGCCAACCCCAUUUUAGAGGCCUUUGGCAAUGCUAAGACCAUCAAAAAUGACAACUCUUCACGAUUUGGUAAAUUCAUCCGUAUCAACUUUGAUGCAUCAGGUUACAUCUCUGGAGCCAACAUAGAGUCCUAUCUGUUGGAGAAAUCCCGUGUGAUUCACCAGGCAGAAAUCGAGAGGAUGUUCCACAUAGCCUACCAGCUUCUUGCUGGAGCCACACCUGACAUGAGAAAGGAGCUUCUGCUGGAAGACAUCAGAAAGUACCGCUAUAUCACCAAUGGGCCUAACCCUGUGCCAGGGGUGGAUGAUGUGGAGACCUUCAAGGAGACCCUGGAGGCCAUGAACAUCAUGGGGAUGUCUGAGGAAGACAGAUACGCUGUUUUCAGAAUAGUGUCUGCCUGCUUGCACAUGGGCAACAUGCAGUUUAAGAAGGAGAGAAACUCUGAUCAGGCCUCUCUGCCUGAGAACACUGGAACUGGAAGCUCUGAAGAGUGAGUUGGAAGACUCUCUGGACACCACAGCUGCCAUGCAGCAGGUUAGAACAGCCAGAGAGCAAGAGGUGACCUCUCUCAAGAAAUCCCUGGAGGAAGAUCACAAAACCUUUGAACUCCAGAUAGCAGACAUGAGACAGAAACACACCGCCCAGAUAGACCAGCUGCAGGAACAGAUGGAGUCAGCUAGAAGGGCUAAAGCUAAUGUAGACAAAGCUAAGUCCACACUAGAAGCAGAAAACAUAGAUAUGGCCAAUGAGAUCAAACAGCUAUCAACAGCCAGACAAGAAGCGGAAAGGAAGCGUAAGCAGGCAGAGUCUCAGCUCCAAGAGAUCUCGUUGCGUCUUGCCGAGGCAGAACAAGCCCAGGAGGAGCAGGCCUCCAAGCUGUCACAGUUGCAGCAAGAGUCAGAGCAGUCGUCCAGUCAGUUAAUGGAAGCAGACACCAGGGCCUCCCAGCUGUCCAAGCAGGUGGGAUCACUCGAGUCUCAGCUGGCUGAUGCACAGGAACUUCUCAGCGAAGAAACACGCCAGAAGCUGAGCACACAGUCCAGACUGCGUCAAACAGAGGAGGAGAAGGAAAAUCUCCUGGAUCAACUUGAAGAGGAAGAGGAGGCCAAGAAGAACUUGGAGAAACAAGUGGCUCACCUCUCGGCACAGAUGGGCGAGUUGAAGAAGAAGGCAGAAGAGGAUGCUCGUAUAGGAGAAGAAUAUGAGGACUACAAGAAGAGAGUCAACAGAGACACCGAGGCCCUUAGACAGCGUGUGGAUGAACUCACUGCCACCAAUGAUAGGUUGGAGAAAUCAAGGAAGAAGAUGCAGGCUGAGGUUGAGGAUCUCAAUGUGGCCCUGGAGGGACAAAGAGCCACAUACAGCCAGCUGGAGAAGAAGCAGAAGAAGUUUGACCAGAGUUUGGCUGAGGAGAAGGCAGUGUCUGAAAGACUUGGCCUUGAGAAAGAACAGGCUGAGCGUGAGUGCAGGGACAGAGAGACCAAGAUCAUGGGUCUGCAGAGAGAGCUGGAGGAGAUGAGGGACAGAAUGGAGCAGUCUGAACGUCUGCGUCUGCAGCAACAGCGUGAGCUGGAAGAUCUUAUGUCCUCAAAGGAUGAUGUGGGCAAGAAUGUCCAUGACCUGGAGAAGGCCAAGCGUACCCUGGAAGGCCAGGUUGAGGAGCAGCGUAUCCAGAUUGAGGAGUUGGAGGACGAGUUGCAGGCCACAGAGGAUGCCAAGUUGAGACUGGAGGUGAACAUGCAGGCCAUGAAGGCGCAGUUUGACCGAGAUCUGCAGACCAAGGAGGAGCAGGUGGAGGAAGGAAAACGCAGCUUGGUGAAACAGCUGAGAGAGUUGGAGGCUGAGCUUGAGGAUGAACGCAAGCAGAAGACUGCCGCCAGCAAUGCCCGUAAGAAGCUGGAGGGAGACCUGAAGGAUAUGGAACAGCAACUGGACAUGGCUAGCAGACUUAAGGAAGAUGCUGUCAAACAACUCAGAAAAUUCCAGGGCCAGAUGAAGGACUACCAGCGCGAGCUUGACGAGGCCAACCACCAGAAGGAUGAGGCUCUGUUGGCUUCCAAAGAAAAUGAGAAGAAACUGAAGGCCCUAGAGGCAGAGGUUAUCCAGCUCCAGGAGGAACUGUCUUCAAGCGAGAGAAACCGCAAGCAGGCACAGGCAGAGAGAGACGAACUCCAGGAUGAGAUCAAUAACAGUGCUAACAGCAAGAGUGCCUUACUCGAUGACAAGAAGCGUUUGGAGGCCAGAAUUGCUCAGUUGGAGGAAGAAUUAGAGGAGGAACAGAGCAACAUGGAGAUCUUAGUGGACAAGGCUAGGAAGAAUGGGGUACAGAUCGAGCAGUUGACCACUGAGCUGGCUGCAGAGAGAUCAUCCACUCAGAAAUUGGAGAAUGCCCGGAUGUUGCUGGAGAGACAAAAUAAGGAGCUGAAGGCCAAGCUCCAGGAGCUUGAGGAGGUCACAAAGACCAGGAACAAGGCCACCAUUGCCGCUCUAGAGAGCAAGAUUGCCAGCAUGGAGGAGAACCUGGAGACUGAAGCCAGAGACCGACAGGCCCUUGCCAAGUCCAACCGUCGCCUGGAGAAGAAGCUGAAGGAAAUGGUGAUGCAGGUGGAGGAUGAGCGCAGACAUGCUGACCAGUACAAAGAUCAGGUGGAGAAGACAAACUCUCGCGUGAAGCAACUGAAGCGACAGUUGGAUGAGGCAGAAGAGGAAGUGACAAGGCUGAACGCAAAGAGCAGGAAACUCCAGAGGGAACUGGACGAGCAGAAUGAACAGAAUGAGGUCAUGACCCGAGAGGUCACUUCACUCAAAUCUAAAAUGAGGAAAGGCCUUGACAAAGUGGAUGCUGAUUCAGACGAGGAGGGCUUGAUAGGGAAUCGAGGACGACAGCACGAUCCAGUCUCCUAAGCUCAUACAGGACCAGCACAGUGCCAUCUACAGCUUCUACUGGGGACAGCGAGGAUGAGAAAGAUGAACAAACAUCACAGGUGGAGGGUAACGGAAU